UCUCAAUGACGCGUUGCGCAUAACUGUUUUUAAUUUACAUAAAAUACGGAUUUAUAGGAAUGAAAAUAAAGCGGAGCGUUAUCAAAUAAGACGCAACUCAUUCUUGUUUAUAAAAGUGUACUUAGUGUGUAAUCUGAUAUCAUCAUAAAUUACACAACAUGCUCUUCAAUUGAUAAUAAUUUAGCGCGCACAAAUUUUUUAGUGUUUUUCUUGAGAUAUUCGAAGGGAAAGAUGGCUUUAUUUAAACAGGCGAUCGAUGGAUUAAAAAACAAGGAAUUCCGCAGUUAUUUAGCAAGUACCCAUUUUUGGGGACCCGUAGCAAAUUGGGGUAUUCCGAUUGCUGCAUUUUCCGAUAUCCAGAAAGAUCCAAAAUACAUAAGCGGUACCAUGACAUUCGCCCUUUGCUGUUAUUCAGCAAUUUUCAUGAGGUUCGCGCUGAAAGUUGUACCAAAGAACAGAUUGCUAUUUUCCUGCCAUGUAGCAAAUGAAGCUGCACAGCUCAUACAACUUGGGAGGUUCAUAAAUUACAAUUAUUUAUCCAAAGAUAAAGAAGUUGCCCUAGCGUAAAAAUUAAAUUAACAAAAUUUAUUUUUUUGUAAAAAAAUAUAUAUAUAUAUUACAAAUCGA